ACUGCUACUAUUGCUGUUUUCUUUCACUAUUAAUCCCAUUUGGUUACGGUUUUCAUGAACUCAGGAAUGCUGAUCCGCCACGGUCUCUCAGAGGAGUAUAAGAACAAGAGACCAGGAUGGUUUACCCAGAGACAUCCUCAGAAGUGUUUGGAAGAAGCCUACAGCAGUUUUGCAGAGAGACAAACAAGUGUUCAAAGGUGCAUUUUUUUUUUUUUUUUUUUUUUUAAAUUAAUAUUUUUCAGCAACCACUCGAUGAAAGAGAAAACCAACUGGCUGUGGGGAGGGACAGAGCCGGGGAGCGACGUGGGAGCCUGGGGAGCUGAGAGCCGCCCGUCCCUCCGCACCAGGCAGCAGCGCAGCUAUGGCACCCCGGAUAAGAUUGAGUCUUUCAAAGCCUCUCCCAACCAUAUGCGAAACCCACGAGGAAGCAAUGGAAGAUUCAACGAGCAACCCGAAAUGCACUGGAAGCACUGCAGCCAGCCCAGACUCAUACACCAGCGAUGAUUACAUUCAAUCCAUCUGCCAUCUUGCCAGACCCACCUUCCCGGGCCUUCCUGAAAAUAGCCAUAAAGCUCAGGACAGAAAGACCCUGAAGACCCCUGAAGACAUGUCAUGGUGUCCAUCCCUUGGUGGGACACAGCAGGAAAUGUCAAAAUGUAAACUGACCAAUUUCAUCUCAAAUAUGGUGCCGCUGGGAAAAGUCAUUCCUACAGAAGCUGACUUUUGGUCCAGAGAAGACCCCCUGGCACAGAUUUACACCCGUGCAGGAAAGCUCUGCUCCUCCAAAGCUUCUUUGUAUGGUAAAAGCUCCAACACUGAUUACUCAUGGUGCAACUCUUCUGCCCCAAACAGUGAACUUCAUCCCUCAACCAUGAAAGAAAAAGCCACAGGGAAACCCAAUUUUCCACAAGUGUUCAGUUUUCCAAGGCUUCCCUCCCCAAGAUUGGUGCAGAAAGAUGCAGUCUGCUCAGAGCUGAAGUAUCUCAGAAGAGAUGAGGGAACAGUUUUAGGAAGUAACCACAGUCAGAAAGGAAACGGCCCCACAUUCAUUAAUAGUGAAGAGCUAUCACCAUCCUCAGCCAGAGGGAAGCUGGUAGGAAACCCAGUCUUGCACUGCUCUGUAAGAAGGCAGACUUAUUUGUUCAGUACAGCAGGCACCGAUGCAAAAGAAGGGAGACAAAAUUCUCACUGUGACAAAAAUGUAAUGGGUGAUGUCUCCACUAAGCAGAGAUACUCCAAGUGUUUCCAGGUACCUAAAAAAGCCAUGAUCCACAACUGGAUUUCAGAGCACAGAUGCAUCUGGAAAGAAGCAAAGGUAAAAGCUUGUUUGCUCCCAGCCAUUGCUGAAGUGUGAAAAAGUAGAUGCUCAGAAUCAUUUUAUUCACAAGAUAGAACCACCCUGUGCUCUAGAAGCUCUCCCUGGAGUCCUUACACAGACAACAUGGCUUGAAUGUGCAUGCAAGUGAGGCAGACUUUUGUGACCCAUCGUAUCCCUCAUCAGUGGGCAAAGGGACAAUUCAGAGUCUCAUCCACUAAGGAAACAGCAAUUAAUUCUCAUUUUGGAAAGGCAACAGUUCAUAAAGCAUCUCCCCCCAGCUAUUGCCUAGAACUGCCCUGAGCAUGAAGAAAAGCUGGCGAGAGUACAAGCCCCAUGUGUUCUGGAGAAGAAGUGGCCUGUGGGAACAUCAAACUACUGAUGUUUUCCAGCAAAUACCAAACAGCCAGAUGUUGCUCACACUUGGGUACAGUUAUUCUGAAAGGAACAUUUUGAUCGAUGCUUGGACAGUACUGAAUGCGCUCUCUCUGACAUAGACAUUUGCUAGGAGACCCAUUAUAGAUCACUGCCUCAACACCAGAAUACCACUGGUCACCUGUUAGUGCAGUAGCAUAAAGAAAUAUUUUUAAAAAAUAAGAAGUCUUUGAUAAGGAUUUACUAGAGGGCAACAUGGAGAAUUUUACAUCUCUGCUGGUUGGGGAUUUUUCUGUUGCUUACCCUGGCACAACCCUGUUACCUUUACUCCUUGAUUUACCCUUGGCAGGAGGAGAGCUAGGAGCCCUGGGUGGGCAUUGCCAUGCUGCACUGUCCUGGAGCUGUAACAACCUGUGAUGCCAGCUGUGAAACACCAGGCAUCACGCUGGUCUCUGCCGUCACACCCGCACCAGCCGGGCUGCACGCCGCGGGCACCCGCAGUUCGCUGUGCGGGUGCAGGAGCCCCACGAGCUCGCACGCAGCUCUGCAGCCUCAGCGGCACGACAAGAGCAGCUUUGGCUGAGGGGCCCCCUGGGGAUGCUGGGCUGGUGGUCACAGAACUUGAAUGUAAAAUAAUAAUUUCUGGGUUUCCUAUCUGUGCUUCUGUAUGCUCACUUACCUGACCGUGCUUCACCUGGUGAAAAACACAGCCUGAGUGCAUGGUACAACCAUCCAGCACAUAACAUAUCUAAACCAAUUCAGCUGAUGUUAGUGCUACGUGGGAUGUCUGUAGGAAGAGAAACAUUCCCACACCGCUGUAAGGUCCUGGCACGGUGUGGUGAGCAUGCACCCAGGUCAUCCCUUGCUGCUGCGUGGAGACAUCUCCAUCCAGAGAAACUGUCUCUCAUCGGCGCUUCCCCCUCCAGUCAGAGCAACCUCACGUACCUGUGUCUGGUACAGCACUCUCCGGAGCCAGCCAAGAGAAGUAGGUGAGAAAACUGCAAAGCAAUACUAGCUUAAUUAUCACUCCUACUACUAUGAAUAAAUCUUUUUGUCACAGAAGAAAGCAGAGGGACCAGGCUGUUUGUUCAACAGCAGCUAAGAUGGGAAAUACCAUUGGAAAGCUGCAAUUAUAAAAAUGCUCACAAGUGAUUUCCAAACCACCCCCUGAGCAGAUUAAAUCAGAAGGCAACUUCUACUUAGUACCAACAUGAGUGUAAAUACACUCGAGGAUCAAAAGGUGAGCAUAUUUGAGCUUCUCAUUCUCACACCUCUUACCUCAAAUAUUUUUUCUCCUGUUGAAACUCAUUAGCACUAUGGAGCUGAAUUGCUUCUCAUCUUCUUUUUUGAACUAACCACACAUCAAGAACAAAAGUGAAAGUGGCUCCAGCAUUUAUUAGAGCUGAUGGAGAGAGCUGAGUCGGGGAGGUGCUAGCCCACUCUGCCUCCUCCACAUUUUUCCCUUCCUUCUCAGGUUAACACUGGGAUUUAAGUGAUGCUUGUCCUCAUUGCCCUGCUGACGUUUUAAUUUCUCUCCAUGUGAAUAUUUAUGACAUUAAUGCCUAGCAAGUCUUGUGCCAACUGCAUGUAUCACUGCUUUUGUCAGAAGAAGCAAAUAAAAUCAUUGCAUCAA